UAGUUGAGCUUCAAAACCAACAAAUCUACCCCUGUUUCCCUCACUUCCCUACUUAAAACUCACUAUCAAUUCUCUAAUCUCUCUCCCUUCCAAUCACACCAGUCUUCAAAAUCCAAUCAUCUGCAAGUUUUUUAAACUUCAACAAAUCUUAGCUUCCCGCAAGAACCCUCAUUCUAAACGUUCUUUUAAAACCCAUAUGGAACUUUUUGUGCCUUUUCCAAGAAUGGCUCCAGUAAUAGCAAUAGCUUUGGUAGUCUUGAUAAUCCCUGCUACUCAUGGCCAAAUCAAUACCCCAUGCACCCCUUCGUUGCUUUCUAGCUUCACCCCUUGUAUGAAUUUUCUUACAAAUAGCAGCGCCGAUGGCACUUCCCCAACUCAAGAUUGUUGCAGUUCACUUAAGAACCUCACAAGUAAUGGCAUGGACUGUUUGUGCCUCAUUGUUAUUGGAAGUGUUCCCUUCCAGAUUCCAAUCAGUAGAUCGUUAGCCAUCUCCCUUCCUAGUGUUUGUAACAUGCAGGGAAUCCCAGUUCAAUGCAAUGCCUCUGGUUCCCCGAUUCCUGCUCCAGGUCCUGCCUCACUUGCACCAAAUCUUUCACCUGUAGUUUCUCCAUCUGCUAGUCCUGAAGCUUCUGUUGUUCCUGAGCCAACUCCGUCCACUCUUCCACCAGAAUCCAGCACAACACCAAUCCUGACUCCACCAUCACCAACAGUGGAUACUGGAGCCGCAACAUCGACUACCGGACGUCGCCCAGUUCUAACUUCUCCAUCAUCGGCUGCUAUCUCCUCUUGCAGCCUUUCACCUUCUUUUCAUCUAUUUGCAAUAGGAUUUUUAGUUCUGAAGUACUACUAGAUUGCUAUAGAUCCUUUUCUGUCGUUGUUUAUGCAUUCAGAAAUACUCUUUUAGGUGUGUGACUAUUGAGUUUUGGGAUUUUUCCAUGACUGAGACCCUUAUUGGGCAAUCAUUUAUCAAAUAAAAAUGAUAUGUAUUAAUGAGUAGAUAUAUAUUUGUUUUUGUCUAA